CUUUAAUGUACAGUAACUGUACUAUAGUUUUUUAAAAAUAUUGUGAUUGUUAUCUAAUUUAAUUUCAUGAAAUAUUCAUUUUCCUUUUCUCAGAAUGUGAAAGUUGUUGUCUAAAAUACAUUUAAACUUAUUGAAGAUGAUUAACUUUUCCUACAUCAUUUUAUAAUUUGGACAUUUUUCCUUCUUCCUCGACAACCUUGUUGGACUACUGUAAAGUAAUCGAUUCUGUCUUUUUAGCUGACAAAAAUGGGGAAAGACUUUAAGGCCUUGGUGAUCUCUUGAUUAAUUUUUCAUCACUUGAAUUGCGAGCAAAUUAAUUGGCAUGAUGGAUUUAAUGUAUGUUUACUAAAUCAAUAGAUGGAGCCUGAAAUGAAACUUGUUGACUCGAAUACUUCACUGUAAUAUUGUGCCAUCGGAAAGUAUCCACAAAUGGAGCAACUAUCAAGUUUUUGUUUAAUUCCUUCGAUUCAGUUGAUCUUGGUCGAUUAAUUUUGAUCAUUGAUUUGUUGUUUGUUUCAUUCUGGUCUUUAACUUCUUAUCGUGUUUUUAGUGUUUUAGCACAGCUUGAGAACUUGUUUAUAUCUCAUUUUAUUGUUGUUGAUACCUUGUUUGCGUCAACAUGUCAACCAUUGAAGAAGAAGCUUCUGAUCUCAUCUUUGAAAAUGGACACAAAACAAAUUUAGAUAAAUUAAAGAGUAAAUUUGCCAAAUACUCUGGUGGUUCAGUGAAAUUAAUCAAAGACGAUGAAACUGGAAUAGCCACAAUCAACCUCGACAACCCAAGCAGAAAGAAUGCUCUCUCUGGAAGCAUGAUGACGGAUUUGUAUAACAUCGUUAGUGAACUUGAGAAAUGGGAUAAGGGUAAAGGUAUAAUUAUCUAUGGAACUGAUGGAUUUUUCAGUUCUGGUGGAGAUAUGAAUACCGUUAAAGAAAUCGACAAUUGUGUUGAUGGACGAGAUAUGGGUAUCUUAAUGUUUGAUACUCUUCAAAGAUUGCAGGCCUUACCAAUGAUAAGUGUUGCUCUUGUUGAAGGAAAAGCUAUUGGCGGUGGAGCUGAGUUAACAACUGCCUGUGACUUCAGAUUAAUGUCUAAAUCUGCUAAAAUUGGUUUUGUUCAUAUCAAAUUAGGAAUUACCGUCAGCUGGGGAGGCGGGACUCGUCUGGUUCAAAUAAUUGGGUCUCAUAAGGCUCUCGAAAUUAUAUCUUCUGGAAGACAGUUGACUGCUCAAGAAGCUUUAGAUAUUGGCUUAGCGACGCAUAUCAUCGAAGAAUCACCCGAGUCCAAAAAAAGUAAUUUAGAUUAUACAAAAGAAUGGUUACUCGAACAUAUUGGUGGACCAACAUCUACAAUCAAUGCUCUUAAGACAAUCAUCCACUCUGCCAGAACUUUGCCAUUUAAGGAAUCUCUUAAACGAGAAUUGGAAACUUUUCCUAAGGUUUGGGGAAGUCCACCACAUAAAAAGGCUCUUUCCAUGAACAUCAAGUUACGUUGAUCCAGCAGGAAUUUUACAUUGAAUUCUCAUUUAGAUCCAUCUAAAUAGGUUGGAUAUACUCGGGUAAUUUUCCAGCACUUUUUUUGUUUCCAUAUCCUUGUUCAUCAUCACUAAACUGAACUCAGUCUAAUUAGCGUAUAUUAAGUUUUUAUCCAAAUUACACAACAAAUGCACCUUAAUAGCAAUUAUUUAAUCUGUUGAAACUAUAUACUAUAUAUAUAAUGCAAUAAAUGUAUUACUGAUCAUUCUCUAGAAUGAGCUAUUUAAAGUUAUAAAUUAAAAAUAUAUCAUUUCAUUUUGA